CGCUGAACUCCACGUCACCCGGAAGAGAGGAGUGUCGGAGUGUGAGGAUUGUUUACAUUUUCUGUAGCCCUUGAAAAAUGAAUCCACCGAUGAUCAACUCGACCAGCUCGGUUUCAACGACUAAAAGGAAAAGAGAAGCUGAGCGCUCAAUUAACUGGACAGUGGAGGAAACUCAGGUGCUGCUGUGCGCCUGGAGUGACGAGCGCAUCCAGAAGAGUUUGGCAGAAAACCUUCGCAACCGCCAUGUCUUUAAACACCUCUCAGCCCGCAUGAGUGAAAUGGGUUUCUCUCGGAGUCCACACCAGUGCCGUCUUCGGGUCAAAACUCUGAAGGCUAACUAUGGGAGAGCCAAGCUACAGAGAAGCAUUGGCAGCUCACAGCCUUGCACUUUUAAAUAUUUUGCUGAGAUGGAUGCUGUGUUGGGUCGGAGGUCAGCGGGAGGGGAAGGGGGGCCCUAUUUUGUUUCUCCACAACAGACGCCAGAGGUUCACCUUGAAUCCCUUGACAGGACAGGAAGCAUCCAGCCAGAUUUACAUUCUAAUACAGAGAUUAGUGGACACAAUUUUGGUUCUUUGGGGAGGACAGGAAGACAAAGUUUGAGCUCUUUAGAGGAAAGAGGAGGCCUUCAGUCUUGGCAGCUCGACUCUGAAGUUAAGUUGGAGGACAGAGAAGAUUCAACAGAUGAGUUUGAGUUCAGCGAUACAGGAUUCCGACACCAUGAAGUUUAUCUGCAACCAUCCAUCCAUCGUGAAAUGAGUGGUACUCUAGUGGAAAACAGUGUGAGCACUCCUUCCCCACAUGUAGUACCACCUCCCCCGGCUCCUCCCCCUCCCCCUCCCCCUCCUACCCAAUCCACCGCCUCUCCUCUCCCUGCACCCCCAGAUCCAAGCUCCAACACCCUCCUCACCUCUGGUCACCAUCACGCCGAGUCUCCCUGCCUGGAACCCGCCCUCAAGCACCUGACGGAGUGCUUCCAGCGGCUGGUGUCUGAGACACGGGGCCUGCUGGUGCAGCUGGAGAGCCAACGGCAGGAGCAGGCUCGCUGGCAUCAGGACCUCCUGGCCCAGUGGCUGCAGAGGGAGGAGCGCCGGCAGAGAGAGGUGGCUGAGAGGGACGAGAGGAGGGAGAAAGCUCGCAUGGAGCAUGAGAUCAGAGUCCUGGAGCUCCUCACCAGUCUAGCCAGAGAACACGGUUGUAAAUGUGGAGGCAACCAGACUGUUGCGGAGGCACCAACUGGUCCAAAUCAUACCAUGAACAAAGGCAGAAAUUAGUAUGCACUCACACCAAGGAUCUCGUUUUACAGGGAAUGGUAUUCAACCUCAGGUGGAACCAAAUAACGGAACUGAUAAUGCUGAUACAGACACCUUCAGGACGGCUUAGUUAAGGCCUCAACCCUGAGUCAUGGAGGGAAAUUUCAAUUGACCCAAAUUCAGG